AAAAACACGCAAACACGCUGAGGCACGUUUUGCCGGUCGAUUUCGGUCGUGGUUUCGCAGUUUCGCCUGUGUUACGUGCGAAAAAGUUUGAACUUAGUUGCGUUUUGCCAGGCAAAGCAUGGUGCUUUAUUGAAGUGGCAUGAUGCAUCCCGUGUGAUCGCUGCUGAUUGCUAAAAAUUAAGGAAGCCGUUCAGAACCACGUUCUGCUAUUGGUGUCGUCUCAUUGUACGAAGUGACUUAUCUAAAAGAAGUACUGCUGACCUCCGAUGCACCGAUUCACCUGGUCGUAUACAAUGAAUGUAUCUCGGCGUUGUUUCUACUUGGGCGCGUCCAAACCCACUUGCAAAGCGAUCUUGUUUCGUCGGGACGUGCAACAUCGCUUACUGAUACAUCAGAAAUGCAAGCCGAUGCUUCAGACAAUCGGGCGUCGACUUCAAGUGACAGUUGCACAACCAGCAACCGAACAGCUGACUGAGAAGUCGCGAAAGGUUGUAGGAAAAUGGCUUCUUGCCUGCAGUGGCAUGGCCUUUGGUUCCAUCGUGCUCGGAGGUGUCACGAGGCUGACAAAAUCUGGCCUUUCAAUGGUGCACUGGAACCCGUUUGCCGAGUUUCCGCCUUUCGGACAACAGCAAUGGGAGCAGGAAUUUCUGAAAUACCAAGAAUAUCCAGAAUACAAAGCGUUCAACCAGGAGAUGACACUGGCUGAGUUCAAGCGUAUUUGGUACAUUGAAUACCUUCACCGUAUGUGGGGCCGCACUAUUGGUGCAGUGUUUUACACGGGUGCUGCCUGGUUCUGGUGGCGGGACUGCCUGAGCCGCCGAGCCAAGGUGCACGUCAGCCUUCUAGCUGUGGGGCUGGCUUUUCAGGGGUUCUUGGGUUGGUACAUGGUGAAAAGCGGCCUCCAGGACCAGCCACAUGUCAGCCAGUACCGGCUGGCUGCUCACCUGGGCACAGCAUUGGCCUGGUACAGCCUGGCCUUUUGGUCAGGCAUCUCUCACCUCUCAAUACAACCCAUGCAUACUUCUGCGCUGCUGUCAACAAACAUGCGGAGGGGUGCCCAUGGAGUCCUCGGGUUGGUGUUUGUCACUGCCAUGUCGGGUGCAAUUGUGGCAGGCUUGCGAGCAGGUCUUGUCUACAACUCCUUCCCUAAGAUGGCCGAUCGCUGGGUGCCUUCUGACAUAUUGGCGCUUGAACCCAAGCUGCGCAACUUCACUGAGAACCCAACAACAGCCCAAUUUGAUCACCGAAUACUGGGUGAAAGCGUCGUGAUCUUUGUGACUGGUCUCUGGCUUUGGGGCCGGAGGCAGCCUCUGCCCCCGCGAGCAAGGAAGGCACUCCACUGUCUUCUAGCUGCUGCUUGGCUCCAGGCGACCCUGGGAGUGUCGACACUCCUAACCUAUGUUCCUGUUUCGCUUGCAUCAUCACACCAGGCAGGAGCAGUCACCCUGCUCUCGGUGGCCCUCUGGCUCACUCACGAGCUUAAGCUGCUCAGAAGAAUACCAAAGUGAACACACGAGGCCACCUGAGUUUGCUAAAGUAUGUAUUACUGUACCAUGUGACAAGAAUAAAACUUCCAAAAAGUGA